AAUUCAUGUUUGUUUGAAACAGUGUGGCAAUCAUAAUUAUGCCUCAAAUAUUGUUACAAAUUGCUCUGCUUCUGUCGUGUCUUAUAAUUGCAGCGAAUUGUGGAUUGGAAAUUUUACCAGAACGGGCAAAAUUGGUUUCUUUUAAUGAAAAAUACUUCUCUAACUUUAGCCUUAAUUUAAGAAGAUUUAGCAGAACCACUCCUUUCUACUACAACGUUGAACUUACGACCAAACAGACAUGGACUAAUAACGUUACGGUGCAUGUAAUUUUUAAUGAAUAUCUUCACAACGAAUAUCGUCGGUCGUUUAUUGAAUUUCACCGCACGUACUGUGACAUGGUGAAAUAUGACAAAUUUAUUGGACCUACAAUGCAUAAAGUCGGGUUGCUGUGCCCACACCCGGUUGAGACGCUGCGAGUGAUCAACUUCACCUUUCCAAUGAACACCUUCCCGAACGUAUUUCCGUUUGAAAAAAGUCGCAUCGACACCGAACUAACGGUUACAGCGACAAAUGAAUCAAUGGUUCUUCUGUAUCACUAUGUUACAAUACGAAACCUACCCUAAAAUAGAAAAUUAAACACAAAAAUUAAAUAUAUA